UUCCUUUCCUUGGAGAUCAAGGAUUGGAUUAGAUUGGAGGGAAUUGGGAAAUAAAUACGGGCUAGUGUUACACUCCGAUUUUCCCUCUUACUGAUUAAUAUACCCUUCCUAAUAUGCAUAUGCGUGCGGCAUUGAUAUUAUCACUUUAAACCCUCUCCAGGAUUGCUAAACCCUCUUCAAUGGCGGCUGACUUUGAACAGCAAGUCAAUAGAGGGGUCAAAAGGAAGAUGGGUGAUCACCAACAUUGCAAACUUUGCGAAGGGCAAAAAGUUGAGGUAAGGAGUUUAGAAGAAGGGUUCCUGGGUUCAUGGCACAGAGGUACAGUGGUUUUGCGGCGAAGAAGAAUGUGUCAUGUGCAAUAUGAUCACCUUCUAUGUGAUAAUGGAUCAGCCAGCUUGGUUGAAGGGGUGCAAAUCAGUUCAAUGAUUGAUGGGGUUAUGCCUGCUGAAGGGGAGUUUGAUAACCAUCGUGGUUGGAUAAGGCCUUUGCCACCUCCACUUGACAUUGGGAAAAGUAGUCUUCAUUAUGGAGAAUGUGUUGAUUCGUUUUAUCGGGAUGCAUGGUGGGAAGGUGUGAUCUUUGACCAUGAAGAUGGUUCAGAGAACCGGAGGAUAUUCUUUCCAGAUAUGGGUGAUGAAAUGACAGUAUGUGUCAACAAGCUGAGAAUCACACGGGACUGGGAUGGGGUUACUGAAGAAUGGAAACCUCGUGGUAAUUGGAUCUUCCUUGAAUUGGUCAAGGAAUUGGAGCAGAAGUAUCCCUUUCUAGUCUCAGUAAGGCAAGUCUGGUUUGAAGUACGGGAGAAGAAUGGUCACAAAAAGGAGUGGAAUUUUCCCAUUAGAGAUUAUUGGAGGGAAUUACUGUCCUUGGUUCAACGUGAAAAUCUUAAGCAUACCAGCAAGCAUUUUUUAAGUUUGUUGAACUCUGCAGAAGGGUUUAUUCAGGAAAGGCAGUCACCUGAAUUUAUUGAUAAAUCUCUUUCCUUGGUACCUAAUUCCGAAGCCUCCAGCAAUGCAGAUGAAACAAGGGUGCUACCUAACGACACUAAGAAUUUGGAUACAUUGAUCAUGCGGAACCUUGAUGAAGUACUAUCCCCAACACCUUCUGUACAAUCAUCUUUACCUCAUACUGCAGGUGGAAUAUGUGGGAUGUUGAUUCCUUUUAAAAAUUCUGAGGUGUCUGGUGAGGAGCUCAAAAACUCGAAAAGGAAAUCCAAAUUGAUGUGGUCUCCCGUUGCCCUUGAUGCCGAGUCUUUCCCUGAAGCAAUUGCAGAGUUCAAAAGGGUGUCUCUGUCGAAUCGUCGACCCCCAUUGGACUUACAUGUGAAAGUAAGGAAACAUCUUUUAUAUUUGGGAUGGAAAGUCGAGUCUGUAUAUGAUGGGAUGAUUAGGUUUCGCUACUUAUCACCUUCUGGAACUGUAUUAAUGUCACUUCCUCAAGUUUGUAAGGAGUUGGAGACAAUGUCAAAAACUCUCUCUGUGGUUCCCGUACAUAACCAAAGAAGUGCUGAGGUUUCAACCUCAUGUUCAUCGAUAGGCAAACAAGAAACAGGCAGAGAACUAUACGAGCCACCUUCUGCAGAAACAAUUAUUGAUUCUGAGUGCUGCCCUCGAGCAGUGAUUAAGUAUGUGCGGGUUAUGGCUCCAAACAGAUUAUCCAAAAAGAAACGGCCAGGAGUUGCUAUACUUGCAGAUAAAGCUAAAAGACAUCUAGUUUUUAGUGACUGGAAAAUCUAUAGUCAGAGGAAGGGAGAUAGGACGGAACUUCGCUAUAUGUCUCCUGCUGGGAAAGUAUUCUACUCGCUUAUAACAGCCUGUGAAUGCUAUAUCAAGGAGAUGAGUGAUGCUCAGCUCACAGGGCAAAGGCAGAUAAGGCAAGUUGGUGAGGACCAUGAACAAUUGCUCAUCGAGUCAGGUGAAAAGUUGAAAACUUCAGGUUAUAGUGGGGGUUCUGGGUGUAGUAAAUCGCGCAAGAAGAGAAAGCUCAAUUUGUAUACAUCCAGGGCUUCAAUUAGAUCAGGAGAUGUUGCAGAUUCUCAUUCUUCAACUCGUGUGCUAAGAUCAUCAAAAAGAGCUAGGCAGGUUGCUUCUUCCUCUCACCAGACACCUCGCAGCAUUUUAUCUUGGUUGAUCGACAAUAAUGUGAUUCUGCCUCGGACAAAAGUACACUAUCGUGGAAGGGAGGAUGACCAUCCAAAGAGGGAGGGGCGGAUAAGUCAUGAUGGAAUAAAAUGUAUUUGCUGCCAGAAAGUUUACGGUCUUAGUACUUUUGCAGCUCAUGCAGGAAGCAGUACUCAUUGCUCUUCAAAAAAUAUCAUUUUGGAAGAUGGGCGCUCAAUACAUGAAUGCCAACGGGAGAUGAAACGGAAAAUUAGUGCAAGGAAGACAGAACUGCAUAUAAAGAAAGGGAGUAAGAGUGACUAUGUAUGUUCUAUCUGUCAUGAUGGUGGUGAACUAAUCCUAUGUGAUCGGUGUCCAUCGGCAUUUCAUAGUAGCUGCCUCGGAUUAAAGGAGCUUCCAGAUGGUGAUUGGUUCUGUCCUUUGUGCUGCUGUAGAAUCUGUUCUCAGACCAUAUUUGAUAAAAACGAAGAUCAUUUUGCAGAUAAUAAUGCUCUCUACUGUAGUCAAUGUGAGCAUCAAUAUCAUGUUGCAUGUAUAAGAAAUAAUGGUCUUCUAAAGCAUCCUAACGGAUAUUGGUUUUGCAAUAAUAAAUGCGAACAGAUAUUUGGGGAUCUUCAUAAGCUUUUGGGAAAACCAAUUCAGUUGGGGACUGAUAACCUUACUUUGACGUUGUUGAAGUACAAUGUUGUAGAUGACGAACAUGCAUUAGAGAAUUAUAGCAAGCUUAAUAUUGCUAUUGAUGUGAUGCAUGAGUGUUUUGAGCCUGUCAAAGAAUCUCGAACUGGGAGGGAUCUCAUGGAAGAUAUUGUUUUUAGUAGAUGGUCUGAACUCAACCGUUUGAAUUUUCAAGGAUUCUAUACUGUGAUUUUGGAGAGAAAUGAAGAAUUGAUUACAGUGGCCACUCUAAGGGUUCAUGGAGACAAGGUAGCUGAGAUCCCACUUGUUGCCACACGUUUUCAAUAUCGUCGACUUGGAAUGUGUCGCAUUUUGAUGAAUGUUCUUGAGAAGAAACUCAGUGAAUUAGGAGUCGAGAAGCUAGUUCUGCCAGCUGCUACUAGCGUGCUAAACACAUGGAUAAGUUCAUUUGGUUUCUCUGUGAUGGAAGAAUCAACGCGACUAGAUCUCUCGGGUUUCAAUAUACUUAAUUUCCAUGGAACAGUCAUGUGCCAGAAACCCUUAGUCAGAACCACCUCCCCUUCCAUGGAAUUAAUUGUCUCAACAGCAGCAGCAGAACCCAACCAACAUAUUUUUGGAGCAGUGGCCAAAAAGGGCAACGCCGAACUGGAUGGGACGACAAGUGCUGUUUCUGAGGUCCUCCAAGCUGAACAAAUCGAUGGAAGUGACAUUAUAGACAAAGGACCAGCAGAAACGCCUGGAGGAACUGGCACCAACGACCACCCGGCUCCCUUAGUUCUUAUGUUGAAAGAAACUCCAGACUUCCCAGCUCAAAAUACUUUGGAUUGCUCAGGUGAAGAAGCGGCUGAUAAAAGGGAGGCCGGAAACAACAACGCUGUUGGUAUAUUCAAAUGCUAUGAGAGGAGGAGAAGAUAUGAGGCUGUGGAAGCCAAUCUGUUGAGAAAGGUGGUGACUGAUGGUUAAGUUAGUUGAAGAAAGUUUUGAUUCUUAAUCUGUAAACAUCUUGUAAAUGGUACAUAGUAGUCUAAGGUGGGGGUGGGGGGGACUAAGCUAGAGCCUAGAGGAGCUGUCUCUAUGUCCAAUAACUCAUGUUUAUGUACAGUUUAAGGUUGUUGUGAUCCUUCAGCUGAUUUUGAUCUUUUUUGUGGGUGUACAAAGGUUUUGGCUGGAGGUACAAGUCAUGAAUCAAGUCUUUGUGGAUUCUCAAAAAUCAGGCUUAGUUUGCACUUUAAA